AUGCAGGGAGAAGAAACAUAUCGUGUGGAGAGAGGAACGUUUUUUAAACAGAGAGAAAGAAGAAACACAACACCAAUACAGGGCAACAGAGUCUGGAGUUCCUCACGUAGUGAUAAGAGUAGAAGCAUCAGUAACAACAAGAACAAAAGGAAGAAUAUUAGCUGUAAUGAUAUCAACAUUGGCAUUAAUAGUAGAAAUUCAGUGGAUAAUCAACAGUCCAUGUCAACGUUGUUAUUUGCAGAGCGACCUUCAAACAUAUGUGAUGAUAAGAGAUAUUCACAGUCUUGUAUGGUUCAAUCAAAUUGUGAAAGGAAAAAAAAUUCGUUACCUCUUGGUGAAGGUUCUUCUUCUUCCUCUUCCUCUCAAGUGAGACCCUCGUCCGGUUCAUCCCGCUGGAGAAAUAAAGAACCUAUAUUUUGCUCCCCGUACUACCGCUGGACGCCUCUCCACACAGCUUACACUCAUGCUUUAGUGCAGGAGCAUGAUAAUCUUAUUCAAUGGUUCACAAAUCAACAAGAGAAACAACAGAAGGAAAAGUUACAAAAACUCUACAAUGAAUUUGAGAUUCAUGAAACUGAUUCUGCCUUACUUGCAUGGAUUAAAGUAACAGAGUCACGAUGUGAUGCAUUACGGUUGUUUAUCCAAGAGCAUCGCACAUUAUACGGUAAUUUAGAUGCAGACAAACUAUUAUUGGUGGAAUCAUGUUAUCAUCGUCUAGUGCAUUCUCUGUGUGAGGCACAAAGACAACAACAACAACAAAAACAAAAGUGGUUGCCAUCUUCCGGCUUGUCUGUGACUUCACUGUUGGAUGCGGCCAAAUCUGCUGGUCGUCCUCUUAUGGCGCGGGCAAAGCGUAUCAGUUUUGCACAACCCUUGUUUCACUACUUUUCUUCAUCCUCUUCUGGUGAUUCAGAGAAAAAUACAGGAAAUUUAAUGAAUAAAUUGUUAGAAGCUGUUCCUACUAGUACUACUACUACUACUACUACUACUACUACUACUACUUCUUCUGUUCCUACUACUAUGAAGAAGACUGCAGAUGAUGUUUAUUGUUCUGUUGGGGGUAAAUAUAUGGGUCGGACCAGCGGUAUAUAUUAUGGAGGUCUUCUUUCAUCAGACUUGACAUCUACUCCGAUUAUGCGGCAGCAACGACCUCAAAGUGAGAUAUUGAGUGAUGAAGAUAAUAUUAAAAAACAGAAUUUAGAGGAAGAGGUCUGUCCUCGAAGACUGGUCCCAAUUUUUAUGAUGGUUGAGACAUUAUCGUCUCGUCAACGAAGACCACAACGGCGAACAUCGUUCAGAUUAGGUGCUGUCUUGCUCGCCUUUGCUUGUAUUGCGUUUAUUGGGUUUUUGUGGUGGUGGGAUUUGAAAUGGAAAAGGAAUGAGGUGUUCCUGAAGAAACUUUGA